ACUUUGUCGCACUUUGUAGUUUGUUUUCUCUGGAGAGACGGUAGAGAAGUUCUGUUGCUUUUGUUUGUGUGAUGAUUUUGAUCAUUUUGAUUAAUUUUUUCAUUCAGGAAGUCACUGGCUAACAGUGUGUUAACCCUUGUAAAAAAUAUAUUAUUGAACCAGGAAUCGGCAAAUUAAUCGGUCAUUUCCUGACCGCAGAGCGGCAGUAAAAUAGCAACUUAUUUUACCGCGACGAUCGGGAGAGCAAGGAGGAAGAAGCUAGUAAGCAGUGAAAGAAAAGAAUUGAAUAUAUACAAUGGCAAAAACAAUGGGAGUUCGAAUAAAAAGGGAAAUAGCUCGAUUAAUGGAAAAACCACCAGAAGGAAUAAGCUGCUAUGCCAGAGAUGAUCGACUGGAUGUUUUAAUGGCUACAAUUAUUGGCCCACAUGGAUCCCCCUAUGAGGGAGGUGUAUUUCAGCUGGUAGUCGUGAUCCCCGACAAAUAUCCUUUCGAACCUCCAAGAAUAAGAUUUUCAACGCCUGUUUAUCAUCCAAAUAUAGACCAAAAUGGUCUUAUAUGUAUGGAUCUCCUGAAAAUGCCACCGAUAGGUGGUUGGAAGCCAACCAUUACGUUGGAAAAUUUGCUAGUUGCCGUCCAACUACUAUUAGGAAAUCCAAAUCCAGAUGAUCCCCUCGUAGCUGAAAUUGCAGAAGAAUACAAAUUCAACCAGGUUGAAUUUGAAAAAAAGGCCAGAAACUUUAUGAUCCAGAAUGUUAGCAAGAAGAGGAAAAAUGCAUUUGAUUAAGUAGAAGUUUGUUGUAUAAGAGGCAAAAACAGCCUUAUAUAUUUUUGCAAGCGUUAUACUAAUAAUUUUAAUACAAUAUAAAAUAAUAUUUAUUUACUUUGAUCUACAGAGGCCCUUGAAUUUUCGCUGUUCACAACUGCGAAUGUUUUUCCUUAAUAUUAUAAACAGCGUCAAAAAUCUUCGAUAAAUUGACUAAACAACGCUCUAAAUACUAACAACUAAAUACGUCUGUUGUAUCGCGACGACAGCGCAAUUUGGAAAUAAGCGAAAAAGUCUAAUAAAUCAUGCAUUUCAUAUCUCAAUAUAACAUUAGUGAUAAAAAUGAAUUACUAUUACGUACUUUUUCUCAUUUUAAUAUUUAUUUAUCUCGCGCUAUCCAAUAUUUUGCUUUCUAGGUGGCGCUGUUGUCAACGUCAAAGAGGUACUCUCGAGGCGUAUAUUAUUUUAAUUAAAACUCCAUUUUCGUACUUCGCAGAUUCAUUUUUUCGGUUCUUUCCAACUUUUUGCGAAGAUUCUUACGAGUGGAAUGUUAUAUUAUCACAGAAAAACAUAUUUUUUUACCAAUUUCAAGGUUUUGACUAAGCAAGCCAUCUUCAAAAACUGUUUUUAAAAUGUCUUAAUAUUGACCAUUUUUUAGGAAUGGUUUGCGCAUGUGAAAAGUUAGAAAGAUAUGAAACUACAUUUUAAGUCAGAACUUUGCAGCGCGACAAUAAAUUAGAAUUUAAGCCAAAUCUUUGCUACUUUAAUUAUUCUAUUUUAAUUCCAAUGAGCCUAGAGCUUUUCAUUGUAACACUAAUUUUCAACUGCCGU